AUGUCAAACUUACGACAAGAAUAUAAGAAAAAAACAACUGGUUUUGGAAAUAUAGCUGAAAAUCGAUUUAUUCGAGCAAAAAAAUAUGAGGAAUCGCGAAAACAACAACGAAGUGAGAAAUUUAAUACAAAUAGAAACAUAUCAACUGAUUUAGCAGAAACACAAAACAAAGAAAUACAAUUAGAUUCUUUGGCGAAAGAUCGAAUGACUAGAUUAAUGAAAUGGAAAGCCGAACGAGAAAAGCGGAAGAAGAUUGAACAAAGUAAGAAAAAACCAGCUUUUAUUGUGGGAACAGUGCAUCACAAAAUAUAUUCGCCACCUAAAGAAGAUACAAGUAUAAAAAUGGUUAAAAAGUCUGAACCAGUUCCAAAAAGAAUUACAAAAUUGACAGAAAAGAGAUUAAUAAAUAAAGCACUUGCAAAGAAAACAAAUGCAAAAACUAUAAUUAAAAAUCCGAACAGUAUAACAAAAGUGCAACAGACACAAAAGAUAGAUGAACCAUCUUCCAUUCCUAAAAUUGCCACAGAAUUACCAUGUAAACCCAUAUUUGGCAGAGUAGUUUUGCAAAAUAUGUCACCUGCUAAAAUGAAUGCAAUUUCAAGAAAAUCAAAUUUGAAUAAUAAAAGUAACAAUACAAUAUUUGAUAUAAAAAAUGAUGUACCAAUAAUUGAUUCAAAAUGUGAUAAUUGUGAUAUAAAAGACAGUUCUGUAGAAUCUAUAUCAUUAAAGUUAUCACUUGAUAACAAAGAAUCACUUCAUUCUUUAAAUAGCAAUAGUAGUGAUAGUAAAGAUCUAACCAGUAACAUUGAAAUACGUAAUGAUAGCCUCAUAGAAGCAGUUCCUUCAAAUAAUAAUAUAUCUAUACCAAUAGAAUCAAGUAUUCCACAUGAACCAGUUUUCUUUUCACCUUAUAUUGUUAGUAGUCGAGGAAAAAGCAAUGCUAGAAAAGAACAGCAGUUAAAACGUGGGUUUAGUCUUAGUCGUUCAUCAAACGAUGAUAUUCCAACAAAAGAUACCGUCAUGAAAACAUUAAAUAUAUCAGUUGAAGAAGAGGAACGUACAGCACAAUAUUUCCAAUUUCUUUUGAACAGAGAGAGAGAUAGAUUAAAUGACUUAUGUGAAAAAUGGGUGCAGAUUAAGACAGACCCUGAAACUACAGAGGAUGGAUUAUAUAUAAUAAAUCAAGCCAUAGGUCAAACCAAAUUGUUAAUAAGCAAAAAGUUUGAAAGAUUUCGUGGAUUAGUUGCUGAUUGUGAAACAGGAAAGGGAGAAAUGUUGGUUACGUGUAAAGAUUUGCAAGGAUUUUGGGACAUGAUGUACAUGGAAGUGGAAAAUUGUAAUUUGCGGUUUGAGAAAUUGGAGAAACUUCGUUCACAUGGCUGGAAAGAAGAAGAAUUGUUGGUUGAUGGACCAAUUACUAAGAAACGGACUACCACUAAAAAGAAACUUAAAUCUGCUAAACCAGGAUCCAUUAGAUCUUUCAUAGCUGAAAAGAAAAAAAAUGUGACAGAAAAAAUGAAAAAUAAUAAUGAUACAAAUAGACCUGAAUCUAAUAAAAAUCAAAUUUUAGGCAGUAAAUAUCAGAAGAAUGAAAACCUUAGUAGUAAAAAAUACACAAGGAGAUCUAUGCCUAUUGAAUCUAGUGAAAAGAAACAUGCACUUGCAAAGAGGAAAAAACUAAGUUUACUGCAACAGAUACAAUUAUCUGAAAUAUCAAAGAAAACAAGUAGUCCACUAACAAUAAUAAAAAUAAGUCAAAUGUGUAAAACACCAGAGGUUCAGUUAGAUGAUUCAAUAUCUUACGUUAAUUCUAAUCAAACACCCAGAAAGAGUAUAUUGAAGCAACCAAAGAAUUCAACUACUAUUGAAAGUCAUGUGAAGCCAGUAAAUCAAGUUAAUUUUGAUGAUGAUAUAAUUUUAAAUGAAGUACCAAUAGAUGAAGAAACACAAACCAAAAUGGAUUUAGCUGCAGCAUUGUCAAGAAUAGAUAAUUUUAAUUUUAAUGAUCCAGACUAUGUAACAAUUAGGGCAGAAAAGAAACUUGUUUUCGACGAUAGUUCCGACGAGAAUGAUGAUGGUACCAAUCAAAAUUUAAAAUUAAAUAAUUCUACAAAUAAUGAUACUACAACAACAUAUAUGCAAACACAAGCAACAACACCACUGGCAGAAUCAGACAAAAAGCUUAAUGCAUUACAAAGGAGAAGCAUUAAAAGACAAAAUGCUGUAGAUGAAGAUAGUAUGAUAGUGAACCAAACCCGAUUCUUAAGUAUAAAUAGUUCUACACCCUUUAAAAAAGUCAAAGGUGAUACAGAUUUAAAUAUUUCAAAACAAGAACAUUUUUCUGCAAAUAACAAAGAAGAUACCAGCAAACAAGGUGAGAGUAUGAAGAUUCUGAGAAACAGAAUUAUUAUUCCAACAGAAAUACCUAUGGCUAAACGAAGGUCUGUAAAGAAUGUGUCUGUUAGUAUGAAAAAAGGAGAACAAGUAAAUACAACUCCUUGUGAGGGGACAAAAAAAGAAAGUUCUUUUAAAGUUAACAUUUAUAGCAGUGAACGAGUAAAUGUGAACAAUUCUUUUGAUAAUUUGCAAGAAAGUAGUAAAAAAAGGAGAUUCGGUAGAAGCGUAAAAUUUUUAGAAAAAGCAGACAGUGGAUUAAUAAAUAAACCAACACUGCCCAUGACUCCUCAUGUUAGAAGAAGUAGAAAAUCUUCCAUUAUGAAAGAAAAAAGUAAUGAAUUUAUAGAAGAUCCUAUUCCUCUGGAAAUACAAGAGAAGCCUCCAGAACGAAUCACAAGGUUUCGAAGCAGAAAAUCUCUAGUCUGA